AAAAAAAAAAAGUAUAUAUCUCAAGUCUCAACAUUCAUGAUUAGCGCAAGAUAGUAAGAAAAAUUACAUCAAGUUAAUUUGCUACAUGGAUAGCUAAAUCGUAACUAUUAAAAAUUGUCCCAUAAAUAAAUAUUCUUUCCAAAAAAAAAAAAAGAAAGAAAAAAGAAAAAAGGGCACUUUUAGUCUAAUGGAAACUAAAAUGGGCAGUGGGUCCACGCGCAAAGCUUGUUUGAGAAGCUGCGAGAGAGUGUAGGCUAUAAUUUUCAAGAUACCCGCUCAUAAACCCGCCAAGGGAAAGAAAACUGGAAACGGAAAGACUAAAAUAUUCCACAAGGUUGAUGAUAUUUACGGAAAUACCUUCAUCUCCGCUAUUUAACAGACCAUAAAGAAAUUUCUUCUUCCCACUUUUUGCCAAUUCAAAUCAAUACGCACGAAAAACACCAUGGCGCCAAAGAAGACCGCACCUGCAGUUUCUCCCUCUCCAAUAGCAAUCGGCAAUUGCAAGGUUACAGUGGACGCUCGCAAUUUCAGUUUCGAAUCCCACCCAAAUAGCCUUCAAAUCUCCGUUUCCAGAAGUGCCAAAAUCAACAUUUCAGUGAGAGAAGAGAUAAUAAAUAGAAAGAAUGAUGAUGAUAAUACCAGGCUUAUUAAAUCUGGAGAAACAGAGGAGUUGGAGAGAGAUCAUUCUCAUGAGGAUGAGUUCUUGUUCGUGCUUGUUAAUCCUAAAGAUGUCAAUCACUCUACCAAAUCCCACCUUCAGUGGGUUUUGCAGGAAGUACUUAAAUUGUACACGAGGGAACUUCCCACCAUGAAUUUUGCGGCAAAUACUGGGAAGCAAUCAAUGUUCUUGGAAAGAUGUGUAAUGAAUGGGAAAUAUUGCACCCUGCUUUUGAAAUCCCCUGGAGAGGUUAUAGCUGCAAUUACUUAUCAAAUAGUUCCUGCUGACACACAAUAUGCUGAGAUUCCACUGGCUGCUGUUAGUUCAAUCUACCAACACAAGGGAUUUGGUUGCUUCUUGUUCAUGGAACUAAGAAAGAGACUUCAGAGUGUAGGCAUAUGCACAAUAUUCUGUUGGGGAGACAAGGAGUCUGAAGGAUUUUGGCAUAAACAGGGUUUUGUAUCAGUGGCAGAGGUGGAUACCAAGGGUAGAGCUCGCAGGUUACCGAUUAAAGCUGACAUUCGCAGAGCAUUAUGCUUCCCUGGUGGUUCAACUCUCAUGGUUUCUCAUCUGAACCGUGAUAUUUCAGCUAACUCUACAUAUCCUUUGAAAACAGGUUUUCCAUUAAAGCCUAAUGGGAAAUAUUUGCCAGCUGCUGCUGUUGAAAUUAAAUAUCCUGCAUUAUCUAAAGAUGGUUACAGCAACAUAGAUCCACCAAAACAAAUUACUUCAGUAUCUGAAAAUUCUCAGCCUGUAGGAUCAAUAAAGAACCAUGUUCUUUCCGGAGAACGCAAUAAAUUGGAUGGUUCUUUGUGUCUAGUUGAAAUACAGGGUUACAGGAACUCAGUUCCUUUUGCAGGAGGGAAUUCUGACAAAUUGGUUACUGGAAUGGAAUUAUCAUUGCCAGUCAAUUGUGAGGAAUCUGGCCAUGAGAACACAAGUGGCAGAUUGGAAGAAACCGUGCAAGAGACUGGAGCUGAUUUUGACAGCAAAUAUUUUUCUUUUCCUACUCAAGAUUCACGUGCAAAGAGGAGGGUUUGGGAAUCUUCGUUAUCAUCAUUGAAGUCAAAAAAAGUAAAGGGGAGCCACCUAGUUGGAUGCCAUUGUGGGUCUAACUGUGAUAUAGUUUGUGAGAGUGAUGGAUAUUAUUCUUGUUUUCAAAGAUGCACCCUGGACGGUUCAAAGAAUGAUAAAUUGGUUGGACUUCCUCCUAUAAAUACUUUGACUGGCAGUAGUGAAGAGAAGAUUGCUCAAGGCUGUGAUGCUGGCAAUCUAACAACAGAAGCUCCAAUCAGGAAAGAAUUUCACUCUCAAAGGCAAUGUUAUAAAAUCAUGUUAAUGAACAUUGCAGAUGAUACCAAAAAAGCACAUCUCACAAAGGUAAUUGAAGAUCUUGGUGGUAGUGUUACCUCCGAUGGAAAUACAUGUACACAUGUUAUCACAGGAAAAGUGAGAAAAACCUUGAAUUUCUGUACCGCUCUCUGUUCAGGUGCUUGGAUAAUCUCAGCAUGCUGGCUAAAAGAAAGCUUCCGGCAAGGCAGAUUUGUGGAUGAGUUACCAUAUUUAUUAAAUGAUGAAGAGUAUGCGGCGAAGUAUAGAACUGAGAUGAGAGCUGCAGUUCUCAAAGCAAAAGAAAGUCCUGGAGCGUUGCUUAAAGGGUAUAAUGUUUGCAUAGCUACUCAUGUUCAACCCCCGGCCAGGACUUUAUCUGCCAUUGUUAAGUCUGCUGGUGGAGAUGUCAUUGGUGGAUUGAAGAAAGUAAAGGAACCAUCAAGGACAAUAUUUGUGGCAUGUGAAGAGGACAUGGAAGAAGCAAGGUUUGCUGUUAAAAAGGGUAUAUGGACUUUCAGCAGUGAUUGGCUUAUGAACUGUGUCAUGAGCCAAGAACUCGAUUUGGAGGCACCCCAGUUCGCAGAGUCUCUUUAAGGAGACACUAAUUUUAUUACCUAUUUGUUGAUCAUUUGGGUGUAUAUAAAAUUUUCUGGUCUCAAAUUCUAUUUCAUACUAAAUAGGUGAUCAUAAAGAGAAACUUUGACUUCAAGAAACGUUUUAUGCUUUUUGAGAGGCACUUCAUUGA